AUGGCAAAUAAUUCAUUACAUAAACUGAAUGCAGAAUUCGUGAAAUGCGAAAGCUUAGACGAAAGUAAUGAAAUACAAGAAGUUCAUGGAAAUAAUACAUUGGAAAAUACACGAAUUAAGAAUGAAAUUCAAGAACAAAAUGCAAGUAAAUUGGAACAUGAGCGAAGUGAAAAUGAAAUACCAGAAAAGAGUAGUGCUAGCACAAAACAAAAAGUAAUUCGUGAAUACAAAUGUGAAGUUUGUAAUAAAAUAUUUGGUAACUCAAGUAAUUUGUGUAAACAUAGAGUGGUCCAUAGUGGACAAAAACCGUUUGCGUGUGAUGUCUGUAAAAAAGGAUUUACUACAGCCAGUAAUUUGUCUAAACAUAGACGGAUUCACACUGGAGAAAGACCAUUUGUAUGCGAGAGGGCUCAUACUGGGGAAAAACCAUUUUCUUGUGAUGUUUGUGGAAAAUCAUCGAGCAACAAAAGUGAUUUAGCUAAACACAAACGGAUUCAUACCAAAGAAAAAAAAUUAUACGCAUGUGAUUUUUGUGAUGAAACAUUCGAGGAUCAAAGACGUUUAACAAGCCAUAACAAACGAAGAGCCAAAGAUCCUCUGGACAAGGAUCGAAAAGAACCAUUUUCAUGUGGUACUUGUGGAUUCAGAACAUGUGAUUGGGACAGUUUAAUUAAACAUAAUCAAACGCACAGUGAACAAAAUACUAAAGACUCUUUCGACCCAGAUCAAGAAGAAUCACUAUUUUCAUGCAUUAUUUGUGGAAAAAAAUCAUCUGAUCAAGUUAGUUUUGUUCGACAUAAUCAGACUCACAUCGGAGAAAUUAUUACCAAACCAUUGAUUGAAAAAAAUCGAAUUUGCGUAAUUCCAAGUGCGGAUUAA